ACAGUUUCGUUCAGUAGGCUGCGUCGCCGCGAAGCUUACCGAUCGAAGUGGUAUUACGUUCGAUUAAUUCCGUCUUGAUUUCCUUCGUUUAUCCAUCCAUCUUUUCUUUUUUUUCUUUUCUCCCCCUUUUUCUUUUUUCUUUCUUUUUCCUUUUCCUUUUCUUCUUUAUUUUUUGCCUUUUACGAAACGUAAAAUAUUUUUACGUUAAAAUUACCAGCACAGAAAAAUAUGAUAAAUUGUCGAAAAAGUUUGGUUAAGGGACGCCCGUUUGUGAGCUACGUAAUAAGUCGAAACCAUCACGGUUCGCUGCACUAAUUUAAUAUACGUGAAAGAGUGUGUGUGAGAGAGAGAUAGACAGACAGAAUAUAGGUGUUAUGAGCGGUGCUUUAUCCAUGUAUGAUGGUUUGGAGAAAGAAACUACAUCAAAUAAUGCAUUGGAAAGCGGUAGCGGUGCUACCAAAAAGUUGGCCAGAGGAAUUUCUAGAGCGACAGAAAAUGCAGCUAUAGUUUCAUACGCGCGUUCUCAAUUCGCUACAUUAGGUUCUUUGGAUACGCCUGAAUUUACAUUUUCUUUACCGGACUUGUCUGUAUAUCCAGAUUCGUUUCGUCAAUUUCUGGAGAAAGAUUUGAUAGAAGGUGGAUGUUUAUCUUCGUUAGAAGCCGCAGGAAGAUUAAAUUGGUGGUGCGGUGGGAAAAAUGGAAGCAAUAGAGUUUUAUGGCCAUUAGCAACUUCGGGAGAUGGUAAUUGUUUGCUUCAUGCAGCUUCUCUCGGUAUGUGGGGUUUCCACGAUCGAUUGCUUACAUUGAGAGAAACUUUGCAUAAUACAUUGAACAAGGGAGAGUAUCGACAUGCUCUUUUUAGAAGAUGGAAAUGGCGUCAAAUGGGUUUAAAUGCUGCCGCUGGUUUAUCUUAUACAGAAGCCGAAUGGAUAUCGGAAUGGCAAACCAUAGUAGAUAUGGCAUCACCGAUACUAAGGAAUCAAACAGCUACUUCUUAUCAAAGUCUUGAAGAGGUACAUGUAUUGGCAUUGGCUCAUGUUUUAAGAAGACCUAUAAUAGUAAUAGCUGAAACAAUGUUAAAAGAUGCGGAAGGAGUAGCUUUGGCACCUAUACCAUUCGGAGGUGUAUACCUUCCGUUGGAAGUAUCAUCUUCUAAUUGUCAUAGAACUCCCUUAUUAUUGGCGUAUCAUUCUGCACAUUUCUCACCAUUAGUUACUGUUCAUGGACAUAAUGACAUUGGUGAUGAUAGUAACGAAGGAGUUAGUAUACCUUUGGUUGAUCCUGACACAGGUCAAAUAUUACCAGUUUUAUUUGCUGUAGAUCCUGGUCCUGAUUGGGAUUGGAUCGAAGGAUCACGUGAUUUGUUGCCUUGCGAGCAAAGCACGAUGGAGAUAUUGAUAAGAGAUUAUUUAGACUGCGAAUAUGUUAAUUUCACAUCGGAAGAAAUUGAUAGGUUGUCCGAUACAGAUGGUUCCUUGUCGAAAACAGCGAAACAAUUGUUAGGUGUUGCGAAACAAUUUGGAUCGAUUGGAAAGUCUAUGAGUAAAAAGUUUUGGUUUACAAAGAGACCGAAAAGUCCACCGUCUUCUUCCAGUGGUAAUUCUACCGAAGGAUUAUUGUGCAUCAAAAUGAAAAGUAGACGUCAUCAAUACGUCGAUCAGAUGUUACAAAACUACCUCGAAUGUGCCCAUGCCAGGUAUCUUCAAGAUCAUCAGAUAGACGAUACUGGCUGUGAAAUGAAUUACGGUGCAGGCAAAUCAAAAUUCUAUGCAGCGAGUGAUCAUGGUAGUCAUGCAAGUGUCAGCAAAUUAUUACCAACGCAUCCAAAUAAAGACCGUACGCUUUAUCUUUCAAGAUCAACAUUCUAUAACGAUCAUACGUCGCCUGAAAAGGCUGAUCGACAGUCAUGGAAUAGUAAUUUGCGGGCUUGCGUAAAGGAGUGUCGCAGUGAACAUUGCCAAUUUUUUGGCUCACCGGAAAAUGAAUAUUAUUGUUCGCAAUGUUGGGCUAAUCGACGUUAUCGCUGAACAAUUUUUCUUUCCUCUUCUUUUUUUUUUUUCUGUCUAUCUUUUUUUUUCUUCUUCUUCUUCUUCUUCCUUGUAACAAAGCAUGACAAUAAUCAUGAUAAAAACCACCGAAUAGCAUACAUAUAAAAAAAUUAAGUUCUUCGUUAAUAUGGAUCAUAAAUCCAAUAACGAAAAGAAAAUUAAUCUUUCUUCGUCGUCACCCUAUAUAUUUUUCUCUCUCUCUCUCUCUCUUUCUCUUUCUCUCUUUUUCUUUCUCGCUUUAUUUAUUUAUUAACAUUCUCAUUAAUUCAUUAAAAUUAAAAAUGCAUAUCAUACAAUAUGUAUUUAAUAAUCAAAGCCGAUUCACUGUUCUUUAUCGAUCAGAGAACGCCUUUCCUACAUAUAGCCAAAACCAAAAGAAAAAAAGAAAAGAAAAAAAAAACACACACAAUACAAAAAAAGCAAAAAAGUGUUUCAAGAGAUUAUAUAUUUUUCAAAUACUGCUGAUAUAUCAUUAUAUAUAUAUAUAUAUACACAUACAUACACACACACACAUACAUAUAUGUACAUAUAUGUACAUGUGCCUUUUUUGUGUCAUUCAUUAUAAAUAUAAAAUAUAUACAUUUAAAGACUAAUAAUUAACUAACAAUACUCAAUGUGAAUCAGUACAAUGGAUAUAUAUAUAUAUAUGUAUAUAUAUAUAUAUAUGUUCUAUACAUAUAUACUGCAACGACCAUACUAACGAUUUCAUUUACAACGCUCUGUACUUAUUAAUCUUGCUUUGAACAUUUAUUUCUUAUAAUAAUAAUAAUAAUAAUAAUAAUAAUAAUAAUAAAGAAAAAUAAUUAUAUAACAAUAAUAAUAAUAAUAAUAAUAAUAAUAAUACGCGUAUAAUAAAAGAUCGAUUUCAUUCGUAAUAAUUAAUUAUCGAUCAGCCAACGUUGUUCGCAUUGUAAAAUUGUGUGGAAAAUAAAGGAAAAAUAUUUUUUUA